AUGGAUGUGAAUCUCAUCGAGGAAACAUGCCGCAACACACCAAAACCCAAACUUUGUGUCGAUUCUCUUUACUCGGUUCCUCAGAGCGCCAGUGCAGACGUCAAAGGCUUAGCGCACAUAAUGAAUGACGUCGUACUCAGGACCAAAGCACAAGAAGUUCAUACCAAGAUCGAUCUGCUUAUUAAGCAGGGCACUAGACCACAGUCAUUACUCACAUGCGCACAGACUUAUAGCCUAAUUAUAAAUGAUAAAAUCAAAGCAGUCAAUGAUGGAUUGAAGGAUGAUCAGCCUUUGAAGACGGAGCAAGCCAUGGUUGAUACUGUCUCUUUGCUCAAUGACUGUAACAGUGGUUUGGAACAUUCUUUGCCCGGCACUCCUCUGAUUGGUAUGAACACCAAUGUGGCUGAUCUUGCGACUGUGACUAAAGCAAUAGUGAAACAAUUGCCCUGA